GGCUGAGCAUAUUGAAGAGGGUGCUCGGCAUCCGAGUCCGCUGCAGUUUCUUACCCUCAAACAUCAUGCAGCCACCAGCGAAGGAAGUCGAGAGGCUUCUCGGGCGCGGAGAGCCUUUUAUCAACCUGUCCGUCUUAUCUCUUGUGAAGUGUCCAGCCUCGAUAUUGCCCUCGUCCCACUCCAUUCCCGAACGACAUGCCGCAUUGGACCGAACUUGCUGCAGAGAAGAAGCAGAGGCAGCUCAAGUCUAUUCCACAAGAGUGGCUUGUAUCCCCUCCCCCAGACUCUACUUUGGACGUGACUGGUUUCCCGGAGACGUGCGGCCUUCUAACUGCACGAGAAAUUGAGAUUACCAAUACUUCGGUGGACGUUUUGUUGAAGAAACUUGCGUGUGGCGAAUGGACAGCUAUAGACGUUACCACUGCGUUCUACAAGAGAGCUAUUGUCGCUCACCAGCUUGUCAAUUGUUUGACGGAGAUCUUUGUUGAUCGCGCAUUAGCCCGGGCGGCUGAACUCGAUGAUCACUUUAAACAGACAGGGAAGGUCGUUGGUCCCCUCCAUGGGUUGCCAGUCUCUCUGAAGGAUCAAAUAUGUAUCAAGGGACUAGAAACUACCAUGGGUUAUAUCUCGUGGAUUGGGCGGUAUGCAGAGAAAAAUGCAGUACUCGUCGACGUUCUGAUCGAGUGCGGAGCUGUGCCAUUCGUUCGAACCAACCUUCCGCAGACAGUCAUGUGGCCAGAAUCCUUCAAUAAUAUCUUCGGCCGGACAACUAACCCAUAUAACCGCUCUCUGACCCCUGGCGGGUCCUCGGGAGGAGAGGGCGCGUUGGUUGCCCUGAAAGGAAGCCCUUUGGGGGUGGGUUCUGAUAUCGGGGGUUCUAUUCGUAUUCCCUCCGCAUUUUGCGGCUUAUACAGCCUGCGACCGUCAUACGGACGUGUGCCGUACUGUGGUGCCCUCAAUUCCCUUGAGGGCCAGGAUUCGGUUCACUCUGUAUUUGGUCCUAUGACAAAUAGUGUCGGCGGGGUCAAAGCCUUCAUGAAAGCUGUUGUCAAUGCCAAACCAUGGCUCAAAGAUCCUCUUGCGGUUAGGAAGAAAUGGCAAGAAGACGAGUACAAUCUCGCAGACCAUGGAUCUGGCAAGGACUUAUGCUUUGCGAUCAUGUGGGAUGAUGGCGUCGUCGUACCCCACCCGCCCAUCAGGAGGUCUUUAGAAAUCACCAAAGCGGCUCUAGAGAAGGCGGGCCACAAAGGUUUUUCUCGUGUAACUCCUCCGCUGAAUCAUACUCAUUUGGCGAUAGUUGUUGACUGGAAGCCCAUAAAGCAUAGGUUGCUCGCAGAUACCACGCGGAACAUUUGGAAUGCCGCUUCCGCGGAAGACUACAUGAUCACGACCUCCGUUACAGGGGAACCAAUAAUUGCAACGAUGGAACUAGAUAGCUCUAAUGUUGCAGCAGCACCCUUCCGUCCGAAGAAGAUUGGUAUCACCGCAUACCAGCUCUGGCAAGUACAGAAACUGCGCGGAGAUAUCCGGAAAGAAUAUUUGGACCACUGGGAAGCAACGGUGUCAGAGACUGGCACCGGACGGCCUGUCGAUGCUAUCAUCUGUCCGGCCUCAUCGUAUGCAGCAACCCCCCAUGGGAAGAACAGAUACACUAAUUACACCACAGUUUGGAAUGCGCUCGAUUAUCCCGCUGCGACUUUCCCUGUGACCACUGUUGACCCCACUCUAGAUGUGAAGAAGCCUCGCCAUGUUUUUUACGACGACUUUGAUAAGGGUAUUUACGACAUGUAUGACCCGGAGACAUUCAAGAACGCACCGAUUUGCCUGCAACUCGUGGGUCGCACUCUGGAGGAAGAGGCGAUCGUUAAAAUGACGGAAAUCGUCGAUGGGGCACUGGCAGCCGCUAAAUAAAUUCAAGGCAUACUUGUUGAGACAGAGCAAUAAUGAACGUAAGCUUUUGAAGACCCCUGCGACGAGUCAGACUGUCGCUUUCUGGUGUCGACAUUCCCACUGCGACUUGUUUUUGUAUUAUACAGUCGUGUCAAAUGUGAACACGCAUGCAAUGCAAUGAGAUUAUAAUGAUGUAUUACUGC